ACUGAUCAACUGGGGAACGUAAAUGUGCUCAAGCUCAUGAGACUCAUCAUGUUUGACACCUCUAACAACCUCUUCCUAGGAAAUUCCUACAGAUGAAAAUGAAAUUGUCCUGAAGAUCCAGAAAUACUUUGAUGCAUGGGAAACCCUUAUCCUGAAGCCUGACAUUUUCUUUAAAUUUUCCUGGCUCUACAAGAAAUAUGAGAAAUCAAUCAGCAAAUGACUUGAAAGAGGCUGUUGAAAUUCUCAUUGAACAGAAGCGGCAGGGGCUUUCAGCUUCAGACAAACUGGAUGAGCAUCUUGAUUUUGCUUCUGAGUUAAUCUUUGCACAGAAUCAUGGAGUACUAACAGCUGAGAAUGUGAACCAGAGCAUUGUAGAAAUGUUGAUUGCUGCUCCAGACACAAUGUCCGUGUCGCUCUACUUCAUGCUAACCCUGAUCGCUCAGCAUCCAAAGGCUGAAAAGAUGAUCCUGGAUGAAAUCCAUGCUGUUGUUGGUGACCGGGAAGUACAGAGUAGUGACAUGCCAAACCUGAAAGUUCUGGAGAACUUCAUCUAUGAAAGCAUGAGGUACCAGCCUGUGGUAGACUUGGUCAUGCGCAAAGCUCUGGAGGACGAUGUGAUUGAUGGUUAUUAUGUGAAGAAAGGAACUAACAUCAUUCUGAACAUUGGCCGCAUGCAUAAAGUUGAAUUCUUCCCAAAGCCAAAUGAAUUCAGCCUGGAAAACUUUGAGAAAACGGUUCCACAUCGUCAUUUUCAGCCGUUUGGUUUCGGUCCCCGUGCCUGUGCUGGGAAAUACAUAGCUAUGGUGAUGAUGAAAGCAAUACUGGUGACUGUGCUGAAAAGAUACCGGGUGCAAACCCUGCGAGGACGCUGUCUGGAGAACAUUCACAAUAAUAACAACCUGUCCACGCACCCUGAUGAAUUGCAGUCCUCAUUAGAGGAUGGCCUUCAUUUCUCUGCACACAGCCCCGCUCACACAUUA